AUGAAACUGGAUUCUUUGCUGUUGGCUGUGCUAUUUAUAUUUGGCAUUGCAUUGACAAACGCUAAAAAAUCUCCCGUUAUACCUAGUCGUUAUAGCACUACCAACCUCAACAGGACCAGUUUUCCUAAAGGGUUCAUAUUUGGCUCAGCUUCAUCAGCUUACCAAUAUGAAGGUGCAUGGAAUCAAGGUGGUAGAAAACCAAGCAUUUGGGAUAACUACACCCAUCAGUAUCCAGAAAGGAUCAAUGGUAGCACCACCGGAGAUGUAGCUGCUGAUCAAUAUCACCGUUAUAAGGAAGAUGUAGGGAUUAUGAAGAAUAUGGGGUUGGAUGCUUAUAGGUUAUCUAUCUCAUGGUCCAGAGUAUUACCAAAUGGAAAGUUAAGUGGGGGUGUGAACCAAGAAGGAAUCAAAUACUACAAUAAUCUCAUCAAUGCACUCCUAAGCAGAGGUCUAAAGCCAUUCGUGACAAUCUUCCAUUGGGAUCUUCCCCAAGUGUUAGAAGAAGAAUACAGGGGUUUCUUAAGCCCAAAAAUUGUCAAUCAUUUUCGAGAUUUCGCUGAAAUUUGUUAUAAGGCAUUUGGUGACCGAGUGAAGCAUUGGAUGACAUUGAACGAGCCAUGGACCUAUGCAGUUAAUGCUUAUGCAGAAGGAGCUUUCGCACCAGGAAGAUGUUCAGCUUGGAUGGAGCGAAACUGUACUGGUGGAGAUUCUGGUACUGAACCAUAUUUGGUGGCACACAACUUCCUCCUUGCUCAUGCAGCUGCAGUAAAGCUGUACAGAUACAAAUAUCAGAAAAUUCAGAGGGGCGUAAUAGGGAUGGCACUAGGGGUACACUGGUUUGUGCCUGUUUCUAACAGCACGCGCCAUCAAAAUGCUGCAUUACGAUCUUUGGAUUUUAUGCUUGGAUGGUUUAUAGAGCCAUUGACAAGUGGUAGUUAUCCACACACCAUGAAAGUUCUUGUUGGAAAACGAUUACCUGUAUUCACGGCAGAACAAUCCAAGUUAAUAAAAGGGUCAUAUGACUUCAUUGGAAUAAAUUACUAUACUACUCAUUAUUCAAGCUAUGCACCUCACAAUAAUUCUCUAAAUGCAAGUUACUUGAUUGAUGCUCGCGUUUUUCAAUCACCAUUGCAUAAUGGGGUCCCUAUAUUAUUCCACCGCUACGGUGCUUCAAGCUGGCUAUAUGUUUAUCCUAAAGGACUUCAAGAACUUUUAGUUUACACAAAGAAAAAUUAUCAAAAUUCUCUCAUUUACAUUACUGAGAACGGCAUUGAUAAGUGGAAUCAUCCCACAGUUUCACUUGAGAAAUCUCUCAAUGACACCCAUAGAAUUGAUUACAUCUAUCAGCAUCUCGAUUACCUUAACAGAGCAAUCAAGGAUGGUGUCAAUGUGAAAGGAUACUUUUCAUGGUCGUUACUAGACAAUUUUAAAUGGUCUGCUGGAUACACAGUACGGUUUGGUUUGUUCUUUGUGGAUUUCAAUGACGGGCUAAAAAGGCAUUCAAAACUGUCAGCAUGA